GUGCCGGAGAGUGAGGGAAAUCAGAGGCCCAGGAGACGCAGGAGCCGAGCAUGUAGCCUGUUCUUGCUCCCAGACUCCACCAAAGUGACCCGGUGUGAGAAGAUGCAUUUGUUAUUGCUGGUCUCCUUUCUCUUCUGGAUCUCAGGCUGCUGCAGUGCUCAGCAUUCAGUCACAGGUCCAAAGAAGGUGAGCGGUCAGGAGCAGGGCUCCUUGACAGUGCAGUGCCGAUAUGCCUCAGGCUGGAAGAAUUACAACAAGUACUGGUGCCAAGGACCUGAUAGGCAAUGUAAAGUUCUCGUUGAAACCAAUGGAUCAGAGCGGUUGGCGAACAAGAACCGUGUGUCCAUCAGGGAUGACCAGACAGCCUUCAUCUUCACCGUGACCAUGGAGGAUCUGAGGAUGAGUGAUGCUGGCAUUUACUGGUGUGGAAUUACAAAAACUGGUUAUGAUCCCAUGUUUGAAGUUAGUGUGAACAUUGGCCCAGCAACCCAAGCACCCACUACAGUGCCAACCACGCCCCCCAUCACCUCCACCACCACCAUCUCCACAGUGACAACCACGAUAAAAGAGACCAGCACAUUUCCAACGCCGACCAGCUACUACUCUGAUAACAGGCAGGACAGUGGUGGCAGCGGUGGUGACAGAGAUGGGUUUCUGGAUCUCAGUGUGCUCCUCCCAGUCAUCUCUGCAGCCCUGUUGCUUCUCCUGCUGGUGGCUUCACUCUUCGCUUGGAGGAUGGCGAAGAAACAGAAGAAAGCUGCUGGGCCACCCUCAAAGCAGGUACAGUCUCUGGAGGGUGAUCUCUGUUAUGCAAACCUGUCCCUGCAGCAGCCCAGAAUCUCCCCUGGCUCCUCCAUGUCUUCCUCUGGCAAGGACCACCAAGAGGAAGUGGAAUACGUCACCAUGGCUCCCUUUCCCAGGGAGGAGAUUUCAUAUGCUGCUCUGUCUUUGGCCAGCCUGGGUCAGGAGCCUACUUACAGCAACACGGGCUGCCUCGUUGCUCACGUUCCCAGGCCAGGCCUUGAAGAGGAAAUCACAGAGUACAGCAGCAUCAAGAGGCCCCUGCCUGCAGCCAUGCCUUGAUCUUGAUCCCUGAAGGCAGCCUGGCUGUGUGUUUCUGCACAUCUGCCUCUGUACCUGCUUCCUUACCAGGCCUGGUGGGUGACUGGAACUCUGUCCAUCCAUCUCUCAUGGCCGUCAUCUCUACCUUGAGCUUGGAGUUCAGCCUCAGGGCACUCCAGUGAAUUAAGGUUCCUUCCACACCCCCACUUAUAGCCAAUGUACUUUGGAAGGCACCAGGCAGGCUGCUUCAGGGAGGCUGUGU